CGUCCGUCAAGCAGACUUCUCCGGCUCUUUUUCUCCCUCCCUUCCUCCUUACUCUCCCUCAUCGUCGAUCUCUCGAGGGCCUCGUGCCUCGCGGAAGACACAUGUCGGCUGGUGGUGCAGCUGCUACCGGCUAACUCGCUACCGGUAACUCUGCGUAGUUAAUUCAAGACUAAACUCUCCUAGUUUCAUACCAUUCGUCGUGCCGCUCUUUGCUUAUUAUUAUUAUUAUUAUUAUUAUUAAUUUCUUUCGUAUUAUUUUCGUCUUUCGCGCGAUCGGUUCUCAUAUAUGAAAGUGACUCGACACAGUGACAGAGUGUUCGUAGUGCGGCCAGUGACACGCCAGAUUAGUGGACAGGAUGUGGUCGACGAGGCUUCUCUGGGCGAGCCUCCUCGUCGGGUUCGCGAUCGUCGUUUCAUCAACCUGGCACGUCGCCGACGGUUUCAACAUCGAGACAAAACAUUAUGCGGUAUAUCGUAUGGAGGAGAGGUCCAUGUUUGGAUUUGCUGUAUCGACGUAUCGUGACAGAUAUGCCCGCGGAUGGGCAAUCGUGGGCGCACCAGAGGCUGAAACUGCGCAAGUUGGCGUCUACCGAGGAGGCGCAGUCUAUAAAUGCGAUAUCGCGGCUGAUGAUAGAUGCAACAUAAUCCAUUUUGACGAUAAAGGACAUAAUCACGUCAGAAAUCCAAAUCUCGCUGGUAGCUUGAAUCAGAUCGACAAUAAGACGUUGCAGUGGUUCGGUGCUACAGUCUCAGCUUCUAGCAAGGACGGAGGUCCGAUUCUGGCAUGUGCGCCCAGGUACAUCUGGUUCUCGGUGUCACAGCCAAAGUAUGAUGAUAAUAGAUGGAAUAAGGAGUCUACAGUGGGCAAUAGGAGAGAACCAGUGGGUACAUGCUGGGUCGCCUCUAAUAACUUCAACGAGUCGCAGGAAUAUUCGCCUUGUCGUACGAGGUAUUGGGGCUACCACAGACAGGGUUCUUGUCAAGCUGGUUUAGGAGCUGCGAUAUCCAAGAAUGGCGAGAGACUUUUCAUAGGAGCACCAGGCAGUUAUUACUGGCAAGGUCAAAUAUACUCGAUCGCCGCCGCCAUGAGGUUGAAGUUCGUGGCGACGAUGUUAAUCACCGAAGCCGAAGCAUCAGGACAAGCGUUUUCACAACCCUUGAAUAGCCGAUCGAGAAUCAUGUUCACCAAAGAGGGUCCUGCGAAGGAGGACGAUAGUUAUAUGGGUUAUUCUGUCGCGACAGGAGAUUUUGUUGGAAACGGAGAUAGUGGUACCGCGGUUGGCGUCCCGCGCGGUUCCGAUCUUCUGGGCAAGGUCUUACUUUUUACAUCGAAUAUGACGAAUCCUCGAAAUCUUACUGGCGAACAAAUGGGCGCUUAUUUCGGUUACGCAGUAACUGCCGGCGAUAUAGAUGGAGAUGGGUUGGAUGACCUGAUAGUCGGUGCACCCAUGUAUACGGUCCCAGAUAAUCCGGAAAUGACCAUCGAAACUGGAAGAGUUUACAUUAUCUAUCAGGGUGAUGGUGUGGAAAAAUUCCGCAAAUUCGACACAAGGGACGGCGAAAGCAACCGCGGACGUUUCGGUUUGUCGCUGGCUUCUCUGGGGGACAUCGACCGUGAUGGUUACGGUGACUUCGUCGUCGGCGCGCCCUAUGCUGGUCCAAACGGUCGCGGUGCCGUCUACAUUUAUCAUGGUUCACGGACUGGAGUACUGGAAAAAUAUUCCCAAGUAAUCCACGCAGAGGACCUGGACAAUCCAGUGCAGACCUUCGGAUUCUCUGUAGCCGGUGGCCUUGACCUCGAUGGCAAUGUUUAUCCAGACUUAGUAGUCGGUGCAUAUGAGUCGGGAGCAGCAAUGUUUUUCAGAUCACGACCGGUAAUCAAGAUGGACUCCUACGUAUCCUUCGACUCCGAAUCCAAGUUGAUUUCCUUAGACAAUAGAAACUGCACACUUUCGGACAACAACAGAGUUACGUGUUUUCCACUUAGAGCUUGCUUCAAGUAUACGGGAGAGGGUGUUCUUAUAAGGCACAAUUUCAACAUACAAUAUGUACUCGACGUAAAGAAAACAAAAAAUCCGAGACUGUUCUUCUUAGAGUUGGAAAACAAGAACACGAUGAAUCAUACAAUCUCGGUAGAACGCGAUCGCCAGUUUUGUCGUACAGUCCAGGUCUACGUGACUCCUAAUAUUCGUGAUAAACUAACGUCGUUGGAUGCCGAGAUGCGUAUGAGUCUGGAGGAAGAACGGAUUCCUGACAAUCGCCAUCGUGAUCCUAGAAUGCCAUUGAGACCAGUUCUCGGCGCGACAACUUCCAGGAAGGAUACUCUCUCUAUCAGAAAGAACUGCGGAUCCGAUAACAUUUGUAUACCCGAUUUACAACUCAAAGUGAGACCCAACGUUGGCAGAUAUUUGUUAGGAUCUGGUAAAAGGCUUGAACUCGAAGUCUUAGUUGAAAACGCAGGCGAAGAUGCAUUCGAGGCAACGUACAAUCUGCAAUUACCGGCCGGUAUCGAUUAUAUCAAAAUCGAACGUAUAGAAACCUUAGAAAUUCCUGUUCACUGUUCUGCACCCAAACAAUCGAACAAUAAUACUUUACGUUGUGAUAUUGGAAAUCCACUGCCACAGAGAAAGCUGGUGAAAUUUAAGGUGUUACUUCAGCCUGUGACGUCUCACGGCAUGAAGCCUAUCUACGAGUUUAAUAUGCAUGUUAAUUCUACGAACCCUGAAGAUCUCAAUACUAUCUAUGAUAACAAAGAGAACUUGUCAUUGCCGAUCUGGAUAGAGACAGAUUUACGCGUCGACGGUGAGAGUAAGCCCAAGGAUCUGUAUUAUAACCCUGACAAUUACACUGCCGCAAACAUUACAACGGAGCUCGAAUUGGGGCCAGCGGUGACACAUAAUUAUACCAUUCGCAAUCAAGGCCCAUCGGAUAUCGUCGAGGCAGAAGCAUUCCUUGUAUGGCCUGCGCAGACUUUAUCUGGAAAGACAUUGAUGUAUUUAUUGGAGCAACCGGAGACUGCGGGUCCGAUCGCUUGCGAAUCUGCCAAUGCAAAUUAUCUCAGUUUGAAGUUGGAUCAGCGCAAAAGAGUGCACUUGAAUUAUCCCGAUUACUCCGGCGUAAUCUUAGAUGAGUCGCAGUCAGGCAGAACAAUCAAUGUUCAAAGAGGCUUUGAGAUAGAUCGUAACAAAGUGAAUCAAAAGGAAGAAGCGGAGAUUAAUAGUGGCGAUAGUUCGAAUAUUCAGAAAUCACGACACUCCUCCUCCUCGUUAUCGUCUUCUUCCUCUUCUUCUAGUAUUACCGAGACUAGGAGGAUUCAGCUAAACCCAACGGGAGAAAAACCCGAAGUACUUACCACAACGUAUACGCACAAUUCUUCUGGAACUAGCUCGAUCGAUAGCAGUAAUUUAUCUAAUAAUCGCGGCGGCGUUGUUUUUCAUACGGAAUCAAGCGGUAAUUACGGUUCCACAACUUUAGGCGGAGGGUUCCGUGAAUCUGAAGAAAAAUCCUUUGGUUCGAGAUUGCCUGAUCUCGAGCAGUCCUAUGGAACACGUACGAACCAAUCUGUUAGGAUAGAAAGUCGUUGGAAAGAAAGCGGUGAAGCGCCAGGACACACGAUCUCACCUUCAGGAAGAUACGAUUCAAUUAUUACAGAAAGCGAAAGGAGAUACCAAGAGCUAUUGAAACAGCAGGAGGAUGCUCGUUUGCGUCAAGAGGAGGAGACUCGACAGAGGAAGUUUCAGGAAGAAACUCAGGAGGAGGAGAUUCGACAAAGGAAGCUUCAGGAAGAGCUUCGUCUGCGACAGGAGGAGGAAACUCGACAGAGGAAGGUGCAAGAGGAGCAAGAACGUAACUUUGCCCUACAACGUCAUCGAGAAGAGUUAGAGCGACGUCGGCAGGAAGAGGAACGAAGAGAGGAAUGGCGAAAAGAAGAAGAAGAACGGCGAAGACAACAAGAGGAAAGACGCUUGCAGGAAGAGAGAGAACAUAGCUACGACGCGGAAAGACGCUACGGAGCGACCACGGAUGGUCAUCAUCCAUCUACGGAAGAUGAUUUCAUCACUGGCGACCGCGAAGAGGCAAUCGGAAGUCGAGAAUUUGAUUUGCAUAAUGUCAGCUCCACGCAAGAAUUGAACCGAAUCUUUGGCACAUUGUCGAAGGAUGCAGCUGGUUACCAAGUAUAUAGUAGACAGGGACAACAGUAUGUACAGUUCAAGGCAAGAUUCAGAACAUCCGCUGACAGGAAGGAAUACAUAGAGUUCCAGGACGGUUCUAUGUUUCCUCUUCAAGAUCGUUAUGGUAGUCAAAGUUACAUCUCGGAAUCCACAGAACCUCGCGACAGUCGAUUCCUCAGAAUAGAAGGUCAGCUAUUUAUUGCUCCAGAUAGUAAAGGUUACAUCGUGUUGAAAGAUGGCCGAAGAUUUCCUCUUCAGGGUUCUUUCACGCACACAGAGGAAAGAACGUACACUUUACGUGGUUCACAUGAUGAUUUAGGUAGCAAUGCUGAUAAUCAAGAUCAGGGAACUUACAGUCAAUCUUGGCAUGAGGAAUCAUCUAGUGCAACUUCGGACGGAGGUUACGAAAGCAGAUAUAAUACUCGUACACAUGAAGAAAAACGGACGGAAGAGAGAACAAGCAAUACCAGAGUCUACGGAAGAAACCGUGACCAGUUUAAUGAUGAGUUUCUCACUGACAGACCCGAUUUUCCAAGCUCGCGAUAUAGACGCGAGAGCGACAUGGUCGAUAUUGAGGAAUUCAAGAAAUUCGAGUGGCUUCACAGACAUCGACGAGACCUCGACGAGAUGGACGAUCCGUCAGAUGCAACUACGUUCCAAGAUGACGAUUAUUAUCAGGAAAACGAUCCCGAGUUACAGACACCAGUACGACCGUGCGAUUCAGCAAAGUGCGUUAUGUUGCGAUGCGUGCUAGGACCAUUGAAGAAAGAUCAAGAAGUAUGGAUUAGUGCGAGAUAUCGCGUGGAUGCUAGGACUUUGAAGGAAGUAGCUCUUGAAGAAAAAGUGAAAGUGUCAACGAAAUUGGUAGCUCGUGUCACGAAGCAACCAUUCAUCGGUACGCCUGCUGAACAGGUCAUUAGGAGCGACGAAGUUAUGACGAAUAUCGAGCCUAGCGCGGCACCUUCUGCUCCAGAUAUGAUUCCAAUAUGGGUGGUAGUUCUGUCGGCCUGCGCGGGAAUGAUUAUCCUCUUGCUACUCAUUUAUUUGCUUUAUAAGUGUGGUUUCUUCAAGAGGAACAGACCUUCCGACGCUCCAGAGAGACAACCGCUAAACCGAAACGGCCAUUUUCAACAAGGCGAGGAUCACUAAAGGAAGACUACCACUCUUAAGUUUCGAUUUUCAGGCUAUAUACUAAAUUGAAUCGUAAACGAGUUAAAAUUUUGACUGCGUAGAACCAUGAAAAACACCUUAGUUCGAAUAAUCGAGGGAACACGCGUUGCAUGGAUUUGGUGUUGUCUGCGAACAUAGUUUCGACUUUUACCGAAUAUCUCGUUAGCGUUCAACAGUGCCUUAAUCCGCGUCUAGACAAGACGAGAUUCGUCAAGGUACACAGAAACGUUAAUUUUGGAUGAGUGACGAUUGAUUCGUCACUCGUAUACUGCCGUCGAAUACUCCUUCCAGCUCCUGCAGCUCGACCACGCAAGUUUCUAGUCAGGAGACGUUCUUCUUUUUUUUUAUUAUUAUUAUUACUUGUAAUUACUUAAGCCGCGCGUACAGUCGGCAGAUACGAACGAAUAUUUCAACAUUCUUCGACGAAUCGUAUCUUUGUGUAUAUAAGUAAUAUAUGUAUAAUGUUAUUUUUUGUAUACCGUUAUUCACGGUAAAACGCCUUGAUACGUGCCUCGUCGCUUCCGCUGUCUUUUUACAAUAGAGUACAAUUAUUUUUUUAUCCGCGUUUAGUUGGCACGAAUUUUAAAAACGAUUUCAUAUCUCGCCGGUGAUUAGAAUUUAGUGGAAUGUAUUCAAUACCGAAAACAUCAUCGAUAAUUUCUCCUUUAAGAUCCCUUUCACAUGAGUAGCUGUAUAGCCGGAUAUUGUGUCUUAUAUUUUAUUG